AUGAAUAUCGACGACGAUGAUGGUCCACCUCAAUUGUCAGCUGAAACAUUGAAGGCUCUUCAGGAAUGGCAGCAAGAACAAGAAAAUAAUAAAACAAAUAAUGUACCUGAAGAAGAUUGGCAACUAAGUCAAUUUUGGUACAAUAAUGAAACAGCUACACGAUUGAUGAAUGAAGUAAUAGCCAUUUUACCUCAAAAUGGAAAAUGUGCUUGCAUUGCAUGUCCAACUGUGUGGAGUCUCAUGCGUAAAGAACAUCCGGAGAUGGAUAAUAUUCUAUUCGAAUAUGAUACUCGUUUUUCUACUGAUAGUAAUUCUUUUAUUGAAUAUGAUUAUAAUGAUGAUGAUCGAAUAGAACAAAAUUAUGUAUCUUUGAAACAUACAUUCGAUGUUUUAAUUAUUGAUCCGCCAUUUCUUUCUCGAGAAUGUUUUGAGAAAGUCUCUCGUCUCGUUAAAUUCAUUGGAAAGACUUCACCUCAAUGUAAACAUAUUAUUUGCACUGGUGCUAUUCAAGAAGAAAAUAUCAAAGACUUUUUUCCUGGUGCUUAUUGUGUUCUGUUUCAACCUCAACAUGAACGUAAUCUAAUGAAUCCGUUUGCUUGUUUUGUUGAUUAUGAAACAAAAACAUUGAAUACAGAAUAA